AUGAGGCUGCUUCCUCUGGAAAACUUCGAUCCGGAGAGAAGCUUAUCCCCGGCCCAAGGACCCCAAUCAUGCUCAAGCCAGUCGUCGGAUCUGAGCGAAAACUCAAGCCGAUGCUCGCCGCUGGGUCUGACUGACGAGACAAGCCAGCGACCAACGCCCCGGGCCGACACGGACGAGGAAAUCGUAUCUGACUCCGAGGACUCCCAGGUUCCCGUAUCAACUACUGCAAAUAUGCUUGUGGAGGCCGAUGCACAUGAGCCGGACAAGGAACUUGAAUUAGACUCAGACAUUGAGAACUCCCAGGUCCCCACAUGGAGACAGAAGGGCAUCUAA